GCUGUCCUCGCUCCUCCAGAGCUCCGAAACCGCUUUCUGCGCUCCACGGUUCGUUCCCGGCCAUCAGUCUCCGAAUGGACAGCGGCGAAAAAGAGGAUGAGAGGAAUAGCCAGAAAAUUUCAUCUCAAAAUUUUCCAGGCUCAUUUUCUAGGCCUUUUCCUCCAAACAAACGCAGGGAAAGAUGAGCGUGAUCGACAUUAUUUUCCGAGUUGAUCAAAUAUGCAAGAAAUUCGACAAGUACGAUGUCGACAAGCAGCGCGAUCUCAAUGCCUACGGUGACGAUGCCUUUGCUCGCCUCUACGCCAGCGUCGAAGCUGACAUUGAAUCGGCUCUUCAUAAAUCUGAAAUUUCUCUGAUAGAGACGAAUAGGGCUGCUGCCGUUGCACUGAAUGCUGAGAUUCGUCGAACCAAGGCUCGGUUGCUAGAGGAAGUUGUCAAGCUGCAGAAAUUGGUGCUCAAAAAGGUUAAAGGGCUCAGAAAAGAAGAACUAAGUAUCCGUAAUGAUUUGGUACUGGCUCUACCAGAAAGAAUUCGAGCAAUACCAGAUGGGAGCAUGGCAGGAGCCAAACAAACUGCAAAUUGGGCAGCUUCGGCCUCUCAUAAAAACAUCAUGUUUGACUCAUCAGAUGGAAAUUUUGACAGCGAGUUUUUCCAACAAAGUGAAGAAUCAAGUCAGUUUAGACAAGAAUAUGAAAUGAGGAGAAUGAAACAGGAUCAAGGUCUAGAUGUUAUAUCAGAAGGUUUAGACACACUGAAGAAUUUGGCCAAUGAUAUGAAUGAGGAAUUAGAUCGGCAAGUUCCACUGAUUGAUGAAAUUGAUACAAAGGUAGACAAGGCAACAUCUGACAUUAAGAAUACUAAUGUUAGACUCAAGGAAACCGUUACCAAGAUGAGGUCCAGUCAAAACUUCUGUAUUGACAUAAUUCUUCUGUGCGUAAUUCUGGGAAUCGCUUCCUAUUUAUACAAUGUAUUGAAAUGAAAUGACCAGAAGACCGCUUUUACUGCCAGUUUGAUCAUAAGGUUGUCUGGUAUUUUCUCUUUCCAUUAUUUGACGGCUUCCUAUGUAUGUUUUGGUUCAUUUUCUCUCCUGUACAAUCCCCAGGACCUGUUUUUUUCUUUUCUUUUGGUGAUCUGGCCGGCAGAUUACUCUUAUCAAAGUUUUAAGCUUAUAAAUAAAGAUAUUGAGAAAAACGGUCCUUCUGUUAUAUAGCAUUACUCUUUCGGCUGCUAAUGAUGGAUCUGGUUUUCCAGUUUCUGGGGGCAAUAAGAUCAUUGGUUUUCAUGUAUCUUAGUCCUUUAGUAGUAGUUAGUAGUGCCUUAAGAAUGGUUGUGUAGGACUAAUCUUAGAUAUGUGAUGCUACAUCCACAUUGUGAGGGUGAGGGAUGUGUCUCUGGAUUCUACUAAACAUGCAUGCAUAUAGUUUUUAUGAAUUUAUGAUUCUUAGAUAGCCUUUUUAAUUUAGAAUCUCACAACUCUGCCAAUAUAGGGGUUGAAAAUGAGAAUUGGGAACAUUAUAGCUGACUUUGUUAUCCAAUACGAAGGAAUGAAUCUUGUGGGGUGCAUGCAGAAAAUUCCUUUUUGUUUCUUUGGGAAGAUACCAGAGUAUUGUUAGGCUCAAAAAUUGCCACAUGAAAGAAUAUGAGGGCUGGCCAUGAUUUUUAAUUUUUUUAUUUAUAUUUGUUCCACAAGAGAACAAAGUGACUUCAGGCCCGAAGUUACCCUGUGAUAGAAUGUGCUAGUGUUGGGCCCCAUCGGCCCCUGCCAUCUUUGGUGCUGCAUGUGUAAGUAUCAUCCUGUCUUUUAUCAAUAUUUAGGUUUGUAGGAAGCCCCUCUCCCGAAGAUGCCUUGAUUUAUCUACUUCAUCAGGUUGCCAUCAAUGACAUCAUGCCAUCUAAGAGCCAUAUCAAUUUAUUGAAAAUAGGUUGUGGGAAUUGGAAGAACACCUGGGUAAAACUCAAUAUUUGACUUAUGACAGAAUAUCAUUGAAACAUUUUCUUAAUAAGAAGCAGUAGUUGGCAAAACUAAUGUUGUUUUAACGUUAUCUGCCCAUAAUUCAGUAUUAACUGUUUUACAUAGAGGGAACUUUUGAGUUUGAGAUUCUGUCAUGUUCUAGCAAGAGUUUCUAUGUCUAGCCAUAGGAUUACUCUUAUUAUCACUAUUUUAAGUUAACAAACAAGUACGCAAAUAUACAUUAAACAAUCCACACUUGGCUUUACAGAGAAACACUUACAAGCCUUACAUAUCAAGCUAGACCAGUAAACAUGGUUGCAUUCACUGCCAUUAGCAUGGCACCAGGAAAGUUGAUCCACCUUGUGCACCAAUAUCUACAUCUUAUGCUGUACAGUCUACUUAUGGGGCUCUUGGCCACACCACUUCAGUUAAGAACCAUUACCUUCUGUGAAGGGCCAGUUCAUUACUGUAGAUAUCUGUCUGUGAAGCACAUGAUUAGGCUUCUGUAAGCAGAUGGGAUUUGAGGGAUUAGAAUUGAUGAUGCUGACUUGAGACUGGCUUUGGCUAUGGAAAUUCAUAUGAUUGUUGGUUGAUGUCUUGUGAGGUGAAAGACUCUCAUCUUCAUUGUUGCUAGUUAGCAUCUUCUGAGAUGGAGGGGGAUUUUCGUACCUAUGUUUCUCUGUGGAGUUCCCAUUCAAUGGGUUGAAAAAACUGUCAAAGGAAGAAACUGUAAUUGGCAAAUUCACUUUAUCUGAAACAUCUUCAUGAACUGAACCAUGGCUAUUGCUGUUGUUGCUCCCUUUGAAGGUUACAUUAGAAAUGGUUUCAUUAUGAGGAAGAGGAUGACCAGCAAGUAUGGAAGCUAUUAAUUGGCAAUGAUUGUAGAGAUAACCUGUGUCCAUGUCAUUAUGCUUUGUAUGCAUAGGUUGUUGCUCCUCAAUCUUUGGUAAGUAGCUUAUCAAUUCUGUGCUAGGACUGUCUUGACCUUCACAUGUGUUCUUUGGCAUGUUGCCUUUAUGGCGGACCCGGCAUAGUACCCAAUCAUCCAACUGUGACAACAAGAGGCAAUUUGUUUUCAUGAGUUGAGUUUCCUCUCAUCUCUUGUUUAUAGCACAGUUUAUCUCAUACCUUUAAUGCAAUUUAACAACGUUGGUAGUCUGCAAAUGUUGGUGCAGGGUCAAAAACAUAGGUGAAAGCAAAAAUGAAAAAGAAGAGAAAGGAUCGUUGUAGAGAAACCAAGUUGAGGGUGAAAUAGGUUAUUUUUCAGGCAUUUGGUUUCUUUACCAUGGAGUGUGCCACCUCCAAAAUCUGUUUUAUGCUACUGUAGGUUUAUUUGUAUGUACAACUUUGAGUUUCUUAAAUUUUGAUGAACUGUUUACUCCCCUCUAGAACUGAGCUAUACUUUUGGAUAGGCUA